GUGCUUUGGGCGACAUGAGUAGCGUCACGUCGGACAGCUUCGGGUGUCUUAGCAGCGGCGGGGGGGUUUCCCAGCUCAGAGGCAACAACAAGUCAGCUAGCUAGCUAGUUAGCUAGCUGACUGUUAUUAAGGCUCGUCGGUCCCGCUCCUUCCGGUUACUGUCACUCGGCUCAGCUCUGGGCCGGAGCGGGGCAGGCGGAGAGGAAGCUGAGCGGCCCCGAUAAACACAGCGAGCCGGGCUGCAGGGACUCGCGCUGACCCCCCCGGUCUCUGCUGCAGGAGCUACAACCAGACUCUCCGUUUGCCUUUUGAACCAUGGCUAUGGCCUCGUUGUUUUUAAACGGGGACGACGCGUCUCCGGCGGCCCUGGCAGACCUGUGCCUGACCUAUGUGAGCCACAACCUGGAGCGUUUCUGCGCCAAGCUGCCUGACGGCUCCCUGUGCUUCAGGGAGGCUGUGCUCUUCCCCCAGGAGCUGGCAGACCAGCUUCUGGCCAAGAUGGCCACUGAAGGUCGUCUGAAUGACAGCACCGUGGGGGUGUUUAGGAACUGCGAGUACCUGCGGCUGAGGCGAGCCCGCAUCCGCACGGCGCGGAUCUCCGCCGAGGCGUUCCAGAAGGCUUUAUGCCCGCACAGACUGCUGGAGCUGGACGCUAGCCGGGUCAACGCCGACCUCACCAUCCCCGACAUCCUGCAGGGACUGGCUACCAACAAAUACUGCCAGGAGUCUCUCCAGCGGCUGGUCUUAACUGGACUCACCAUGUCCUCUCUGGAGGAGCCGAGCUGGUAUCGUUUCAGCGCCCUGCAGGGUCUGCGCUCGCUCUCCCUCGCCAACGUGGACUUCUACGACGCCGGGCUGGUUGACGUGUGCUCCCUGCCUCGGCUGGAGAGCCUGGAUCUCUCCAACACCUCGGUGACCAACCUCAGCCCGCUGCUGGGCCUGAAGGAGCGGCUGCGCUCUCUGACACUACACCAGCUGAAGAGGCUGGAGAUGAGCACGGCCCAGCUGCUGGGAGUCAUAGGCCAGCUGAAUGUACUGCAGCACCUGGACAUUAGCGACGACAAGCAGUUUACCUCUGACGUGGCCCGUCAGCUGCUCGCCCAGCCGGGGAUCCUGCCCGCUCUCGUUUCCCUGGACGUCUCGGGGAGGAAACAGGUGACGGAUGCAGCUGUCAGGGCGUUUGUUGAAGAGAGACCCGGGAUGACCUUUUUGGGCCUUCUGGCCACAGAUGCUGGCUUCUCCGACUUCCUCUCCGGAGAAGGAAAUCUUAAGGUAACAGGGGAAGCUAACGAGACGCAGAUCUGCGAGGCUUUGCGGCGAUACAGCGAGAGGGAGGGAUUCGUCAGGGAAGCUCUGUUUCAUCUGUUCAGCCUAACUCACGUCAUGGAGAAACCAAGGCCUGACAUACUAAAGCUGGUAGUUCUGGGCAUGAAGAAUCAUCCAGCCACUCUAAACGUCCAGCUGGCAGCCAGCGCGUGCGUGUUCAACUUGACGAAGCAGGACCUGGCGGCAGGAAUGCCGGUCCGGCUGCUGAGUACCAUCACCCAGCUCAUCCUGGAGGCCAUGAGGACGUUCCCCAACCACCAACAGCUGCAGAAGAACUGCCUGCUGUCACUGUGCAGCGAUCGCAUUUUACAAGAGGUCCCAUUCAACAGGUUUGAAGCAGCCAAACUGGUGAUGCAGUGGCUCUGCAACCACGAGGACCAGAACAUGCAGAGGAUGGCCGUGGCUAUCAUCUCCAUAUUGGCCGCUAAGUUGUCCACAGAACAGACCGCCCAGCUGGGAGCAGAGCUGUACAUUGUGAAGCAACUGCUGCACAUUGUGCGCCAGAAGGCAAAUCAGAACAUGGUGGAUGCAACGCUGAAAUUCACACUGAGCGCGCUCUGGAACCUGACGGAUGAGUCGCCUACAACCUGCCGUCAUUUCAUCGAGAACCAAGGCUUGGAUCUGUUCAUUAAAGUGCUGGAGUCUUUCCCGAAUGAAUCAUCCAUCCAGCAGAAGGUUCUUGGUCUUCUGAACAACAUCGCAGAAGUCAGGGAGCUGCACGGAGAGCUGAUGGUGCAGAGCUUUCUGGACCACAUCAGCACUUUGCUGCACAGCCCCGAGGUGGAGGUCAGCUACUUCGCCGCCGGGAUCCUGGCCCAUCUGACGUCACGGGGAGAGGAGGCCUGGAUGCUCAGCCCGGGUCUGCGGUGCUCGCUGCUCGAGCAGCUGCAUGCUGUCAUCAUGAAGUGGCCCACUCCCGAGUGCGAAAUGGUGGCCUACAGGUCUUUUAACCCGUUCUUUCCCCUGCUGGAGUGUUUUCACACACCCGGUGUCCAGCUGUGGGCGGCCUGGGCCAUGCAACACGUGUGCAGCAAAAAUGCUUCUCGCUACUGCAGCAUGCUGUUGGAGGAGGGCGGCUUGGACCAGCUCAAGCACGUCCAUAAGCACCCGAAGACCCACCGAGACGUCAAACUGCUGGCCAAAAGCAUUCUGGACAGCCUGCAGCGACACAGAGCCCGCACGGGGCAGCUGGCACUCACAAGUCAACGUCCGCCCCCGCAGUAACAUCACAGAGGUGAAGGAACACUCGCGAAAACGGUGCUCCCCGACGAAGACGUGGUCUCACCACAGGAGAGAAAGAGAGAGAGAGUGCAUGCGUGGGCGACUGUGGUGCUUAUUUCGCACACAAACGCUCGCGGAUCCUUUAAUUAAGAUGACAGAGUUGGAAAAAAGAAAAAAAAAAAAACAGAGACAAUGCAAACCUUUGCACACACUGACCUUAUUUAUUUCCUUUUGCGUUCAUUUGAAAACAGAAAUAUUUCCGCUCGCCCGUCCCGUGAUGGAAAACGUAUAAAUUGUGAUAAGCGGAGUCUGUGUUGGUGUUCGCUCUCCUCUGCCUGACUGUGGGCGGAAAGCGCCCGACUGAGGGGCCGCUUUCAUGGGCCCCGAUUACGUUGCCAACUGCUUUGUGGUCUAUAUGGGGGGAUAAAUCUUUGAAUAUUUGCAUGACACUGCUAAGAGCUCAAGCAUGCUGGUGUGACUGCUCGUACUAUUGAUUUUAGAAAACGCCUGCACGCUUGAUUGUAGCAGAGCUCUGAGCACUAAAACCAUGCCUCCGGGUCUGCAGGACUCUCUUCAUUUAUCUGCUAAAGCCCGUGUUAUUGUUACGUGACCAGAAACUCCACACGGAUGCUUUCAGAGGGUCGAAACGUUCCAACAAAUUGCUGAUAAGUUCGAAUAGGGUAAACACUGAGGUAGAAAUCAGUUCUAGCAGUGGCAAAACCAGAGGCAGGCUUUACUGGGAACUUAAGUCCUGUCUGGUUUGUGCAAAUAUAUUCUUCUGGACACAAAUGGGUAAUAAUGAUGUGGGGCAGAAUAGGAGUCGUCCAUUAUCUCCUGGGUAAAUGUUUGUAUAUAUCUUUACAUUCUGCUCCGUUUCCCAACGCGCCGGUCUUAAAGAGCUGCAAUUUCUAGUGUGUUUGUGUAGAAUAUAUACGAUGAGGGCAAAGUAGUUAUCUACCAAUGACCGAUUUGUUUGAUUGCAUGGAUUAUUCCUGGUAAGGUAAAUAGGAAUUAUACUUAAGCGGUGACCAUGUGAUAGUGGCAUGCCAUAUUAUGGGGGGAUGCCUCUGCUUUCCUCAGGGUUCCCACAUGUUUCUUUCAUUGCAGUCCCAAAUAUAAAUUUCAACCAUUUUUCAUUGUUUUUUUUUUCUGUAGUAUUCUGGACUUUUGAACAGAAAGUAUUGAACUGUGGGAGACUUAUGGAACAACACGUAGCUGAGGUUCAGCCACCUGCACCAACUUAGCUCAGCUCCAUUUUAAAAUCCAUCCAAUAAAAAACUGUUUUAACUUUUAAAAGCCUUCUCAGGUUACAGCCACAAACCUGUGUGUUAUGUCGAGAUUUGAUGCAAUAAGAGAUAAAAAGUAGCUCAUUAUGUGCAAAGUGUAAAGAAAAUAGUGCUUGGCUUUUAAACAUGCUAAUAAAAGCCUGAAAAGUGUGGCAGGUAUUGUAUUCGGCCCCUCUGAACCCAAGACGUUGUAGAACCGCCUUCAGCUGCAAGUAUUUUGGGGUGUGUCAUUCCAUCGUUGCUCUAGUUUUAUGUUUAGCAUCUUUGCUUAAAGGUGAACAUCUCCCGCAGGCUCAGUACUUAAAGAAUGCCCCGCAUUUAGCUCCAUCCAGCUUCCCUGUCCCUGCAGAAGAAAAGUGUCCCCACAGCAUGAUGCUGCCGCCGCCAUGUUUAAUCUGCGGGGCACACAUGUUCAGGGUCUUAUAAUAGCUCCACACAAAAGCAUUUUACUCGUAGGCUAAAAAGCUUUAACUUUCAUCUCAUCCGAUCAAAACAACCUUCUGGUAGUCGCUUACUUUGUCCACUCCAAGGCUUCUAGCAACCAGGACUACAUAAAGCUUUAUUUAAAAUGUAGGGGUACAAGAGUAACACAGAGGCUGAUUGCACCAGCAGUUUUAGUUUACUUAAAAAAAAAAUCUGUAUUUCACGUUUAGUUCAUAUUAAUGCCCAACUUGUUGUCAGUCUGUCACAUAAAACCAAUAAAUGAUAUAGUUGAAGGUUUGUGGCUGUAAGGUGGCAAAAAGUGGAAGAAAUAUAAGCUCAAAGGGCAUCUAUACUUUUUCAUGGCCCUGUAGACACACCUUGGCUAAAUGAUCCCACACUAAAUACAGCUGCUUUGGAGCACGGCCUGGGAUCUUUCCCACCUUUUGAACCAGAGCUUCUGGAGGCCAGGUAAGCAGCAGAAUGGCCAUUUUUAAAUUCAGUUUUUAGCUUUUAGAUCAGUGCUUCCAAAAGUUAAGUCCUGGAGCUCUCUUGGCGUCUCACAUCCACAGGUGUAACGUGCUGGAAUGCUCUUCAGAUAUGAAACUACAUAACAAAAAUGCUAAUGCUGCAUGGCCUAUUUCUCUUUUGUUAUUACAGUAGAGGAGCUAAAAACAGGAAUUUAAAGUCAAACAUUUGCCUCUAAUAAUUUUGUCAUUCAAUGAACCUCCUAGGAAUGCUCGCUUCUGCUUCUGUUUUGGAGUUGGGAAGGUCUGCCAGCACGUACUCAAAAUAUUUUUCAAACAUAACUAUCUGGAAGUAAUAAAUGUGGAAAAAAAGAGUUAGUUUCCUAUUUUCAGAGUGCACCGGGAACCCUGGGUCCAGAGGCGACCACUUGUCUUAUUUAGUUCUUAGUCUCAUCUUGCAUUCUAUAUGCAAGUAAUGGCAACCUCUGUUUUACUAACAGCCCCCCAGUGCAGUCGGCAAAGCAUCACUACUGUACAUCACCCCAACUCCUCCGUAAGUUAUGGCCUUCUGUUUUGGUUAAACCCGUCAUUCAGUGAGCCUCUCUGUUAUGCACCCAACUGGGACUGGAUCAUCAGUUUUAAUAAGGAUUUCUGUCACUGCCGUUGAAUUUGACUGUCUGGUCCGUUGCUUGAACCGUGCUCCUGAUUUAAGGCCAGUUUAGAGUUUUCGUAAGAGUUGAUUUCAAAUAGACAAAAUGAAAGAAGUGAAAAAUACUCUAUGUAUGCCAAGGCUGUGCCACCUUACUGCUCAGUCAUGUUUUCAAGUAUGAAAAUAAAGAAUGUAUGUUGCCAUGA